GGGUGAAUGUGGGAGGUGUCCUUGGUUUUUGGGUGGGCAGUUCUUGGUAUAGUCCUCCUCAUUCCCUAAACCCCCACCUCCUCCUCCUCCACCUCCUCCUCCACCUCCUUUAUCCUUGUCUUCUCCCCUCUUUUAUCCGACUGUUCGUGGCCCCCACAUUCUCACAGCGACUCGGAGCCGUGGAGCGUCACAUGAUCUUCCCAGCCACCAUGAGUGUCCUGCCGUGCAGUUUCCUCUUCCUCCUCCUCCUCUGCCUCCCCGUCCUCACAGACGGGAAAAGGCUCAAACCUGACAAACCCCGUCAGCCUCCACCAACAACCCAACCGGCCAAGAGAUCCAGAAACCGCUCAGUGCCCGGCUCCGGAGAGCUGACCACCAAGGAGGGCCAUCGCUGCACCUGGCAGACGUCUGGUGAAGUCCUGGUGAGCCUGACGGUGAACUGCAGCACGGAAACACUGGGAGGCCAGCAAAGGUACUGGUGUCGUUAUGCCGGUAAACCCGACCUGUGCCAGGCCUACGGAGUGAAGUCCAGCCAGUACUGGAAGCAGCUGGUGGGGAAGCUGAAGAAGAGGCAGAACGCCUGCGAUGGAGAGAAAGUCCUGAAGGCCAAAACCUGCAAGAAAGCUCCGGCCGAGGCCCACAUGAAGCUCGCCCAACGCAGCGGAGAGGACGAGAGGAAGGGCGGGAAGAAGAAAGGACCGCCGGCGAGUAAGAGCUCAGAGAGAGGGAAGGCGGAGCGAGGGAAGAAGAAGGAGGACGAGGAGGAGAAGAAGAAGAGGGAGGAGGAGGAGAGGACUGGGUUUGAGGAGGAAGGAGUGCUGAACGACAUGGAGCCGGUGCAGAGUUACUGCAGCGAGGGAUGGCACUCCGUCUGCUCCUUCUUCAUCAAGUUCUUCGAGGGUUGAGAUGAUGGAGGAGGCUCAGCUUCAUCACCACGGAGCAGAUUCACAAUCUGAAGAACCAUGUGACCUCCACGUUACAGCGGCGUGAUGGGGAACAGUCUGAAUGAUACGACAAUCUGCUGAUGAUGGAGACACCAAACACUUCGUUUAGCUUUGUGUUGUGUCUAACGAAGUCUGUAGUUUGUAUGAACUAAUCAAAGUGGAAACAAUCAGUCACCAUGUCGAUGUGUAGAUAAUUAGAUGAUUACAACUUUUUAUUGCUUUUUAUUAACUUAGUACCAACGACAGUUUUUACAGUUUGUCUGAUU